CAGUCAGUCCGUCGGUCCGUCCGUCCCACCACCACCGCCCCGCACUUGCGAGCGAGCGCGGGAGCCGCGCAGCACACGGAGCGCGCCCGGCCGAGCGGGCCAUGGCUGCGGGGGCCGCAGCCGCCGCAGGUGGUGGCGCGCGGUGAGGCGAGCGCGGCGCCCUCUCCGGGGCGGAUGGAACGCGGCUCGGCGGCGGGCGGGCAGUGCCGGCGUCCGCGGCUGGAAUGGUGCUGGCGGCGGCGGUCGGUGCCUGCGUUCUGAAGCCCGAGAGGAGCCACAAUGGAGACGCCGCCGCUGCCUCCCGCAGCGUCCUCAACCAGCAGCCAAAGUGAUCCUUUGAAAAGAUGCACAAAGCAGGGUCAUCAGAAGCCUGUCGAUUCAAAAGAUGAUAACAUUGAAAAACACUGCCCAGUGACAGUGAAUCCUUGGCACAUGAAGAAAGCUUUUAAAGUCAUGAACGAGUUAAGAAGUCAAAAUUUGCUGUGUGAUGUCACAAUUGUGGCAGAAGACAUGGAAAUCUCUGCACACAGAGUGGUGCUGGCUGCCUGUAGUCCUUAUUUUCACGCCAUGUUUACAGGUGAGAUGAGUGAGAGCCGAGCAAAGAGAGUCCGAAUCAAAGAGGUGGACGGCUGGACGCUGAGGAUGCUAAUUGAUUAUGUUUACACUGCUGAAAUUCAGGUUACAGAAGAAAACGUGCAGCCACACAUUUAGAAGUUGCCCAAGAACCAAAGGAGUUGAAGAAGGUUCAGUAG